AUGGCAGACUACGAUGAUUCAUAUGAGGAGGAAUUUUACGACGAUGCGGAUGAGGGAAUCACCUCAGAGGAUUGCUGGACCGUGAUUUCUUCGUUCUUCGAUACGAAGGGUCUCGUGUCCCAGCAGCUUGACUCUUUCGAUGAAUUCAUCUCUUCGACCAUGCAGGAGUUGGUGGAGGAACAAGGGCAAGUGGUUCUCGACCAGACGCUACCCCCCGCUGAAGAUGAAGUCAACCCGAUCGUCGUUCGUCGGUACGAGCUCAAAUUCGGCACUGUCAUGCUGUCGCGACCUUCAGUGACCGAAGGUGAUGGAGCGACCACAAUCAUGUUGCCGCAGGAGGCACGCCUUCGAAACCUAACCUACGCCAGUCCACUCUACCUCGGUGUCUCGAAAAAGAUCAUGGAAGCUCGGGAGCGCCUGGUCGCCGAUCGCGAUGAAGACGAGGUUGCUGAUGGCGACGAAGACCGCAAGAAUCGUGGCACAUACCUUCAGUGGGACCAGAAAGAACUUCCUGCGGAGCAGAUGAAGGAAGAGACAGUUUUCAUUGGCAAGAUCCCGAUCAUGCUCAAGUCCAAAUACUGUAUCUUGAAGGAUCUGAACGAGUCAUCUCUCUAUUCUUGGAGCGAGUGCCCCUACGAUUCUGGUGGAUAUUUCAUCAUCAACGGAAGUGAGAAGGUUUUGAUUGCGCAGGAGCGCAGUGCUGGGAAUAUUGUGCAGGUCUUCAAGAAGGCGCCCCCGAGUCCAACUCCGUAUGUGGCAGAGAUCCGCAGUGCGGUUGAAAAGGGCUCGCGGCUCCUCUCUCAGCUGGCGCUCAAGCUUUUUGCCAAGGGAGACAGUGCCAAGGGCGGAUUUGGCCCGACCAUUCGCUCUACUCUGCCCUACGUCAAGACCGACAUCCCCAUCGUUGUUGUCUUCCGUGCGCUGGGCGUCGUGUCCGACGAGGACAUCCUCAAUCACAUUUGCUACGACCGUAAUGAUACCUCGAUGCUGGAGAUGUUGAAGCCAUGUAUUGAGGAGGGCUUCGUCAUUCAGGACCGUGAGGUGGCGCUCGAUUUCAUCGCCAAGCGUGGCUCAUCGCAGUCCAACUUGAACCACGAGCGGCGUGUGCGAUAUGCGCGGGACAUCAUGCAGAAGGAGUUGCUUCCGCACAUCUCCCAGAGUGAGGGCAGCGAAACGCGCAAGGCCUUCUUCCUGGGUUACAUGGUGCAUCGGCUGCUCCAGUGUGCACUCGGUCGCCGCGAUGUUGAUGACCGUGAUCACUUUGGAAAGAAGCGCUUGGAUUUGGCCGGUCCGCUUUUGGCCAACCUUUUCCGUGUUCUUUUCACCCGCGUUACUCGCGACCUGCAGCGCUAUGUGCAGCGAUGCGUUGAGACCAACCGAGAGAUUUACUUGAACAUCGGUAUCAAGGCUAGCACGCUGACUGGUGGGUUGAAGUAUGCUCUUGCAACUGGUAACUGGGGUGAGCAGAAGAAGGCAGCCAGCUCCAAGGCCGGUGUCUCCCAAGUGCUGAGUCGUUACACCUACGCAUCCACACUUUCCCAUCUUCGCCGCACCAACACCCCCAUCGGCCGAGAUGGAAAGAUUGCCAAACCGCGUCAACUUCAUAACACUCACUGGGGUCUCGUGUGUCCGGCCGAAACGCCCGAAGGACAGGCUUGUGGUCUUGUCAAGAACUUGGCCCUCAUGUGCUACAUCACCGUCGGUACACCCAGCGAGCCCAUCAUUGAUUUCAUGAUUCAGCGCAACAUGGAGGUCCUGGAAGAGUUUGAGCCGCAGGUUACGCCCAACGCCACUAAAGUUUUUGUCAACGGUGUUUGGGUUGGUAUCCACCGUGACCCGUCGCACCUUGUCAAUACCAUGUCUUCGCUCCGCCGACGAAAUAUGAUCUCCCACGAAGUGAGCUUGAUUCGCGACAUCCGUGAGCGGGAAUUCAAGAUCUUCACCGAUGCCGGUCGUGUUUGCCGGCCGUUGUUCGUCGUCGAUAACGACCCCAAGAGUGAGAACCCCGGCUCGUUGAUUCUCAACAAGGACCAUAUUCGCAAGUUGGAGCAGGACAAGGAGCUUCCGUCUGAAUUGGAUCCAGAGGAACGCCGGGAGCGCUAUUUCGGAUGGGACGGACUCGUGAAGUCGGGAGCCGUCGAGUAUGUGGAUGCCGAGGAGGAAGAGACGAUUAUGAUUGUGAUGACACCUGAAGACCUGGAGAUUUCGAAGCAGCUCCAGGCUGGUUAUGCUCUGCCAGAAGAGGAAACCAACGACCCGAACAAGCGGGUUCGCUCUAUUUUGAGCCAGCGGGCGCAUACCUGGACGCAUUGCGAAAUCCACCCGAGUAUGAUCCUGGGUGUUUGCGCCAGUAUCAUUCCGUUCCCUGACCACAACCAAUCGCCGCGUAACACUUACCAGUCGGCCAUGGGUAAACAAGCGAUGGGUGUGUUUUUGACCAACUUCGCGCAGCGCAUGGAGACCAUGGCGAACAUUCUUUACUACCCUCAGAAACCACUGGCCACGACUCGGUCUAUGGAGUUCUUGCGGUUCCGCGAAUUGCCUGCCGGUCAGAAUGCCAUUGUGGCUAUUGCCUGUUACUCGGGCUACAAUCAGGAAGAUUCGGUCAUUAUGAACCAGAGCAGCAUCGACCGCGGCCUGUUCCGCAGUUUGUUCUACCGUACCUACACGGACACGGAGAAGAUGGUGGGCCUGACGGUGGUCGAGCGCUUCGAGAAACCCAUGCGGUCCGAUACGAUUGGCAUGCGCAAGGGUACCUACGAUAAGAUCGAUGAAGACGGUAUCAUUGCUCCUGGUGUGCGUGUCUCAGGUGAAGAUAUCAUCAUCGGCAAGACGGCUCCGCUGGCCGCUGAUGCAGAGGAGCUUGGCCAACGUACCAAGGCCCACACCAAGAUUGAUGUGUCGACGCCGCUGCGAAGCACCGAGAGCGGUAUCGUGGAUCAGGUGUUGAUCUCGACGGGCAAUGACGACCUGAAGUUUGUCAAGGUUCGCAUGCGUACCACCAAGGUGCCGCAAAUUGGUGACAAGUUUGCGUCUCGUCACGGUCAGAAGGGUACCAUUGGUAUCACCUAUCGACAGGAGGACAUGCCCUUCACGCGGGAGGGAGUGGUACCCGACCUGAUCAUCAAUCCCCACGCCAUUCCGUCGCGUAUGACCAUUGCCCACUUGAUCGAGUGUCAGCUCAGUAAGGUAUCGGCGCUCCGUGGGUUUGAAGGUGAUGCCACGCCCUUCACCGAUGUGACUGUGGACUCGAUCUCACGGCUGCUGCGCGAACACGGUUACCAGUCGCGUGGAUUCGAGGUGAUGUACAAUGGCCACACAGGCCGCAAGAUGGUGGCACAGGUGUUCUUGGGUCCGACCUACUACCAGCGUCUGCGCCACAUGGUCGACGACAAGAUCCACGCUCGCGCGCGUGGGCCUACGCAGAUUCUGACACGGCAGCCUGUUGAGGGUCGUGCCCGUGAUGGUGGUCUGCGAUUCGGAGAGAUGGAGCGCGAUUGCAUGAUCGCUCACGGCGCCAGUGCUUUCUUGAAGGAGCGUCUGUUCGACGUGUCGGACCCGUUCCGUGUGCAUAUCUGCGACGACUGCGGCCUGAUGACCCCGGUUGCAAAACUGAAAAAGGGCCUUUUCGAGUGCCGCCUGUGCAACAACAAGCACCGCAUCUCGCAAGUGCACAUCCCGUACGCCGCCAAGCUUCUGUUCCAAGAGCUGGCCUCGAUGAAUAUUGCCGCCCGAAUGUUUACCAACCGCUCGGGGGUGUCGGUGCGAUGA